ACGUUUUUGCCACUCGCUGCUGCUUGCCAACAGCAGACAGCCGCAGAGGAAGAUACGAAGAACGACAAGACAACAAGACGACGAACAUGACGUCUGUGGCGUCAACGGAAGGAGAGGCAAAAGGGCAGCAACAACAACAGCAGCAUGAUGUGGAGCAGCGGGCUGCUUCAUUGCAGCAGCUUGCAGACCAAGGCGUCGAGUUGGUCCAGUCCCUUGUGGCCAUCGCGGAUGUGCAUCUCCAGGCGCAACUCAAGGAAGCCUUUGAAAGCAGCAACAAUGAGGUGCUGAACGAGCAGACUCGGAAGAAAGGAAGGAAGAAAGGGGCGCUGGAGGCCAACUCAGUGGAGGAGAACGAUGAGCUGGUGGUGCGGCGGCUGCUGGAGGCGCAGCACCUGCUGCAGCGCAUGGCCAUGGACGGCCGGCUCACCAUGCGUGGGUGGAAGUACUGGCUGCUUGAGGAAGCGGAGCGCCGCCGCCAGCUGGAGGAGUUUGAAACCUUCCAGCGCCAGCAGAUUGACCUGGCAGUCAAGGCCGAAUCCCACAAGAACCUGAGCGAGAUCCGCGAGCGGCGGGUCCACCUGAGCGAGAUGCAGCUCAACCUGCAGCGGCUGCGGGAGCGCCUGCACGAGGCGGAGCAGGAGCGCGCACGCCUCGCGGAUGACAUCCACCGCACAGAGCAGCUGCGCACUAUCGUGAACACGCGCGUGUCCACCGAAGGCGACACAACAGCAGCGGUGGAGGAGCGGCUGCAGAAUGCACAGGAGGCGCUGAGCGCCGCCAUCAAGCAGCAACGCGAGGCGCAGGGCACGUGGGACGACACGGUGGCGCACGCAAACAAGGAACAGCGCGCGCACGCAGACAUGAUUAAGGACGCGGAGAGCCAGCUGUCGCGCGCGCAGCAGUUGUUGCAGCAGGAAGAGGCGGCAGAUCAUGCACCGGACGACCGCACGGAUGAGCUCAAGGCAAAGGUUGCAAAGCGCAUCACGGAGCAGCAGCACAUCCGCCAGCAAGUGCAGGAGGCUCUCCGGGCCAAAGAGCAGAUCAGAGAGACGGUGUCGGCUCUGCAGGAGAAAGUGGAGCAGGAGCAGGCUGCAGCCGAGGAGCGCGCUGCCCAAUAUGAGGCCGCCCUUCGCGACAGCUCCAGCGAGCACGAGCGCAUGGACCGGGCGAUGGCGGAGCAGCGGGCGGCGCUGGAGCGUGCGCAGGGCGUGCUGGCCGACGACGCGGGGAAGCUUCACGCCGCGGACGACGCGCUGUUCAACGAGGAGCAGGUGGUGCGGGCGACAGAGGCGGCCAUCACGUCUGCAGAGACGGGCAAGGCGGCGCUGGAGGCGGAGAUGCAGCGCAUUGAGGGGCAGUACAAGCUGGCGCUGGACGAGUACGACCGGACCAUGCGGGAGGUGACGCACCACCGGCAGCAGGUGCAGGAGCUGAAGGAGACAAUGGCGCUGGACGACCGCGCGCUCAAGCACCGCUGCAGGGAGAUGGAGGAGGACCUGGCGGUGGAGAAGGACCUCCACGCGCACGUGCAAGCCGCCCUGCAGCAGGUGAACGAGACUCACGCGCGCGUGCGCGAGGACACGGCGACGGUGCUGCCCAAGCUGGAGGCGGACAUUUCCGCCACAGACACGCGCGUGGCGCAACUGGAGGAGCGGAAGGAGGCGCUGUCCACCGAAUACGAGCGCACGACAGCACGCGAGAAGCAGCUGCGGGCAGAGCACGCUGCACUGCAAACGCAGACGGACUGCGAGGAGCAGCGGCUGGCGGGGAUUGAGGCGGAGGCCACGCAGCGGCGGGACGACGUGCAGGCCGAGUGCUUGGCGGCGCGUGCGCGGGUGGAGUCGGCGCCCGCACGGCAGGCGGAGGCGACGGAGACGCUGGAGCGGCUGCAGACGGAUGCGGCAGCGGUGGCGGCGCACACGGAGGAGCUGGUGGAGGAGAUUGGGGUGCGGGAGGGCGAGGUGGCGGAGACGCGGGCGCGGGCGAAGCAGCUGGCGACGGAGACGACGGCCAUGCGGGAGCGGACGGCGAUGCUGGAGCGCAUGAUGGAGGAGGGCACGGAGCGGCACGAGAAACGCGUGGAGGAGCUGCUGGAGGAAACAUCCAGCGUGAAGAAAGACACGCGGAGGAUCGUCCUGAGCAAUGACCCCGUGGUGCGGGACUUUUUGAAGGAGCAGCAGCUGUCGUUUGGGGCGCGGCAGACUAUGGCGGCGGCAAUUGCGCGGGAGCUGGACGUGGAGAUGCAGGUGCAGCGGCAGCGGGAGGCGCUGAGCCAGCAGCAGCAGCUGGCAUACAGCCGCACCGUGUAUGCCCUCCUUGAGCGGCACAAGCAGCAGCUCGCUACGUCCAUGCAGCUCACAAAGCAGGCGGCAGAGCAAAGCGACGUUGCUGCCACAAGUGCUCGCGUCACACCCUAGCCCACGGCUCCUCCUUGCCCAAACCAAAUAAUUCUCUGUGUGGUGUGUGUGUGUGUGUGUGUG